AUGGUGUUUUGCUUGAUAGCCACCAGCGUAGUUGCAGAUAAACCUUAUAUACAUGCAUCCCCGCCACCACCAUAUAUUCACAAGUCGCCCCCACUACCUUAUUUAUAUAAAUCCCCACCUCCUCCAUCUCCACCACCACCAUCUCCAUCACCACCACCUCCUUAUGUGUACAAGUCGCCACCUCCUUCAUCUCCAUCACCACCACCUCCCUAUGUGUACAAGUCGCCACCACCUCUGUCUCCAUCACCAACACCAACCUAUGUUUACAAGUCCCCACCUCCUCCGUCUCCAUCACCGCCGCCACCAUCUAUUUACAAAUCCCCACCUCCUCCAUCUCCAUCACCGCCGCCACCAUCUAUUUACAAAUCCCCACCUCCUCCAUCCCCCUCUCCACCACCUCCCUAUGUUUACAAGUCCCCGCCUCCACCAUCUCCAUCGCCACCACCUCCGUAUGUUUACAAGUUGCCACCUCCUCCACCUCCAUCACCACCGUCUCCGUAUGUUUACAAGUCCCCACAUCCUCUGUCUCCAUCGCCCCCACCUCCCUAUGUUUAUAAGUCGUCGCCUCCACCAUCUCCAUCACCACCACCACCACCUCCAUAUGUUUACAAGUCACCACCUCCUCCGUCUCCAUUACCACCACCUCCCCAUGUUUACAAGUCCCCACCUCCUCCGUCUCCAUCGCCCCCACCUCCCUAUGUUUACAAGUCGCCGCCUCCACCAUCUCCAUCACCACCACCUCCGUAUGUUUAUAAGUCGCCACCUCCUCCGUCUCUAUCACCAUCGCCUCCUUACAUCUAUAAAUUCCCACCUCCACCAUCUCCAUCACCACCACCACGCUACAUUUAUUAG